AUGUCCUCCUCAUCCACUCCUUCCAUUACAACAUCUCUCCACAGCACUCUCCUCCACAUCUCACAAAACCCAUAUCCAUAUAUUCCCAAUCCACCGAAUUGCCCUCGGCGCGCUUCGGUAGCUCUAAUAUUACGUAUUCGUCCUUCACGCAGUGAUCUUCCUCCUACCACUCCCCAAGUCUUCCCAUACCCAGAACCUCCCACUGGUGAGCGACUCGCGAAUUUCUUCGAACAAUCCUGGGUGAAGAAUGGUGACCCGGAAUUAUUAUUCAUAAAACGCGCAGCGAGAGUAGGGGAUCGAUGGACGAGCCACGUUGCGCUUCCGGGAGGAAAGAGAGACCCCGGUGAUGCGAACGACAAAGAUGUUGCCGUGAGGGAGACAAGUGAGGAAAUUGGGUUGGAUUUAAGAGGAGAAAGAUGUAUCUAUGUUGGAAAUCUGCCUGAGAGGGUGGUAUCUACAAGUUGGGGAUCAGUGCCGAUAAUGGUAUUAUGUCCAUUCCUCUUCAUCUGGAUAUCUCCCACGUUCCCACCGCUUCAACUACAGCCUGCCGAAAUAGCAUCAACGCAUUUCGUUCCCCUACGAGUUCUUCUGUCGCCUUCAGUCCGCACAUACGAAUACGUUAAUGUAUCCGAUCGAUUCGCCAAGCAAGGAGGAGUGGUAAUGAAAACUUUAUUGAAACCAGUGAUAGGAAAGAUGAGGUUUUCAGCCAUUCGAUUACGACCAACCGAAUCAUUAUACUGCAGCACAACGAAAGAAUACUUCUCUGAGGAAGCGCAACCUAGGAAAAGCGUAUUUGGAAGAGCUUAUAGUUGGUUGAAAGGGGGAGAGAAAGCACAGAGUGAUAGACCGUUGUUACUUUGGGGCUUAACACUAGGCAUGGUAGCUGAUUUUCUUGAUCAGCUACCACCACAUGAUUCGGUCGAGUUGUGGGAAUAUCCUACUUUUACUUCCCCAGAUAUACGGAUCAUAAUAAACAUACUUACACGAAAUAUCAAGAAACGAAAUGCAGAACGGUUACGAGGCAGUGCGCAUGAUGGAACCGGAAAUCAAACAGCUAUGGAUGGAGAAACGACAGCCGUUACAAUGCAAGAGAGUGGAGGGCCUAUAAUAGGGAAGAACAAAACGAAAGAACAUGCGGAAGGCGUUAUGUUGGAAGGAUAUUAUGAUGCUAUGAAGAAAGGCGUUUGGAUAGCUGCUGGCUUCAGAUUCAUGUCAACGCUGGCGUUGAUUUUGUGGAUAGUUAGGUGGUAUAGAUUCAGGAGUAACAGGGGUAAAUAA